GCAAAUCCGGACAACACAGCGCGCGCGACCAGUGGAAUAAGAAGAAAAAAAGAGUCAAGAAGGGACCUGAGCCACCCUCCUCUCCUUUGUGAUUCUCUCCCUCCUUUCUUUUUCAGUUGUUUUUUCCCACUUGAGAGGACUUCUCAUUUUCAUUUCCUUUCUUUUCCGCACAUCCUCACACUCCUUUGGACGUCUCAUCUUCGCGCAUUGUGUCUCUCCAAUCAUCCUGUGCAUCCAGAGAGUCAAAAGGGCAGCUUGAGGAAUACAAUUGUGGGUCUCUGGUGGUGAAAAUCGAUCCAGAGGAAAAGUGCCAAGCAAUGUGACUGGGCGAAGAGUGCAUUAAAGCAUAUGGAUUUGCAAAGUGACUCCUUUUGCCCCCCAAAAAAGAAAAUAGUUCGGACAUGUUGCGAUAUUUCCUCAAGUCAAUCUCUCUUCUCUAAAAUGUUCUCCACACACAUUUGAUGUGUGUGUGUUAAUUGCGUGUUUGUGUCACAUGGAGUGCCAUAACUUUUCCAAAUAAUUUAACGUCACAUUAAUGCUAUACAUGGAGAAAUUUUCCAAGUGAAAUUACAAUAUUCUCUCUCGCAAUCAUCCCACUAUAUUGCCUUUCGUGCUACGCAGAAACCAUACACUUUCCAUCGCUGCAAGAUUACAGGGAGAUGCUCCUCUGCACUUGUGUGGUGUGACUUUCCUUCUCUUUUGUCCAGAGAGGGGCGAGGAACUUAAGGGCAGGAAAUGUGCUGCUGCCAGUGAAGUGGGGUGAGAGGGCGGCAAAAGUGUGUGGAAUUGAUUGUGGCAGUUUUGCGCGCGCUUCGAAUGGAUUACAUGUGAUUGUGUCCGGCAAUCGAUCUGAUUUCCCUGAUACAUUUGCAUGUCCCCCAACCUGACCGACGAUGACCAGCACACCCGUCUCCACAUCCUUCCACAGCACAGAGCAUCAAUAAUGCCCGCCACCGUGGGACGACGUUUCGUGGAAAUCGCUAUGAUUUUCAUUUGCCUCUGGAACGAAGUGGUCGCCAAGAAGAAUAUUACCAUUCGACCGAGACUUCUGCUACCGGAAAACUAUGUGAAAGAAGUCCGUCCGCCGUCGCGAAAAAACACACCCGUCGUUGUGGAGUUCAGCAUAUUCGUGGUGGACAUCAACUCAAUCAAUGUGGAGGACAUGGACUUUCGGGUGGAUAUGUUUGUGCAUCAGAAGUGGCUGGAGUCGCGCCUCAAGCUGCACGAUGACAUCUUCGAGGAGGGCGAUGACUACGUGACGCUGCCGCCCGAAUUCUUCGACAACCUCUGGCAGCCCGAUCCGUACUUUCUCAACUCCAAAGUCGCAGAAAUCGCAACGCUCACGCACAAAUUCUCCUCGGUCACGCUGUACCGCAACAAAACCGUCCGCUACGCAGCCCGCAUGCACGCCAUCAUCGCCUGCCAGAUGGAGUUCCAGCUGUACCCCAUGGACAUCCAGAUCUGCCCCAUCUACAUCGAGAGCUUCUCCUACAGCAACCAGAAGGUGCGCCUCAAGUGGUCCGACUCGGGCGUCACGCUCAAUCCCGAGCUCAAGCUGCUGCAGUACAACCUGGGCCAGCCGCUGGAGCUGGAGGAGAGCGACGGCUACAUGCCGGAGAAAGUCGGUAACUUCUCGCGGCUGACCGUGUAUUUCCGCUUCGAGCGCCAGAUCGGUCAUCAUCUCAUCCAAACAUUCGCCCCAUCGUCGUUGGUCGUGAUGCUGUCGUGGUUCAGCUUCUGGCUGGGUCUGGACGCCAUCCCGGGCCGCGUCACGUUGCUCGUCACCUGCAUGCUCACGCUCGUGACAAUGUUUACGGGUCUGCGAGCAGACAUUCCGCCCGUGGCGUACAUCAAGGCGCUGGACCUGUGGAUGGCGGGCUGCAUGAUGUUUGUGUUCUCGGCCCUGGGCGAGUUCGUGGUCGUCAAGGUGCUGGACGUGCAGUAUCAAUACCAGGCCAAUCGGAUGCCCAAAGUCAUUCCCAUGAGGAUCAGCGCGAUGGAGAAGGGCCAGUGCCAGACGGUGGCCAAUUGGGAGGGUGGCCAGGUGAGAUCGCGGAAAGCCACGCCAACGGCCACGACGCCAGGCCAGCAAACAUCCCUCCAAGGCAACGGAGGCCCACCGAAGCCAACGCGACGCCAGAGCCUCCUGUCCGUCGCCUGGACGGACACAGACACGGGCGUCGAGAAAAUCAUGUGGCGAGAAAUCGAUAAGAUGUCGCGAAUCGUCUUUCCGGCACUCUUCUUGGUCUUCGUCAUCCUCUACUGGCCGAUUCUCCUCAUGAAGUCAUCGUAAAUUUGUUUAUUGUGAUAAAAAAUGUCCCUCUCCAAAUCACAACUCAAUUAAUUACACCUUCUUUCUCCCCUCGCAACUCAACGAAAACACACACACACACACACACACAAGAACGCCACAUAAAUGGGAAGGAAAGUGAGACAGAUUUGGAGAUAAGAGAGAAGAAAAACUAUAAACAGUGCGAGAAUAUAAUCUAUUAUAGCGAAAUUAAAUACCUACAAACGAGGUUGCCUUCAAAAUUUAUAUAUAAAAUUAUCUUUAAUUAGCAUUAAAGAACAUGAAAGAAGAAUCAGACACGCGAAGAGGACGCAAGAGAAGAUUUUCAAAACUUCCAAGGAGUCGCAUUGUCCCUUUCAAACACAUUUCAUUCUGUCGCCACUCACGAGCACUCAAGAAAUGCCUCAGAAAAUGGCGCAAAAAGUAAAAAAUAUAUUGAGUAAUGUCAUACAAUACCCAAUAAUUAAUAUUGAUAAGAUGAUAAAAUAUGGUGCUUAUGAUAAUAAUUACUAGUUAGGAAAUGGAAAAGCUCCGCAUUAGCUAGGCCAUUAAAAUGAAGAACAUUUUCUGCACACAUCGAGGCCCGAAGAAUCUCUCCUUAUUAUUUUAUCCAUUUAUAAUUUGGCGGGACAUUCGAGACGAACGACUCGCCCCACAAAAUCCACACUCUAUCCAAUGUAAAAGUAUAAAUUACAGUCCCUGUUCUUCGGCCAACAGCCUCAAUUCGAGCCUCUCAAGAGCCCAGCCAUUGCCACAUCGAAAAGGAGAAAAAGGAAAAAUUGUGAAAGUACAUGAGAUGCUGUAGAUUUCCUCCAUAUAUAGAUAAAUUUUGUGAUAACGAAGAAAUUCAACUAUAUUUUUGCCGCUAUCACACGCGAGAUUGACAAGAUGUUGUUGUUGAAGCAUAUUUUCAAAGAAAUGAGCAGAUAUUUUCAGAUGUGAAGUAAGAUCUAUUUUAAUGAGGAUUUAAAA